AUGAGUACCGUCACUCUAAGAUGGAUAGGCGAUUUAGAUCAAGACAAACGUGAACAAGCUGGGUGUGUCAGUUCUUCAAGCGACCAAUAUCGCCCAAAAAAAAUAGAACUAAAGCCUGGCCAAAAAGAAAUCCGCAUUGGACGUAUUAACACGAAAAUCCCCCCUGACUAUCCAAUCGAAAGCUGCAUUAACAGCCGAAUGAUAUCACGAAAUCAUGCAACUAUAGAACGCUCGGCCAAAGGAGGUUCAAUUCUCUAUGAUCAUAGUAUGAAUGGGACCUACGUCAACUACACAAGAGUUAUGGGUGGGGUAACGCUAAAACAUGGAGAUAUUGUGUGUUUUGGGCAUUUAAAUGGGGCAAACCUCAAGCCUGGGGAGCCAGUAGCUCUCUUUUAUUCCGACCUGAAGUAUCGAGUGGAGCUAAGUGAUUCACCAACUAAGGAAAAUGUUGUAACUGGAACAGCCAAAAAACGCAAGUCUUAUCCCGCUCAGCCAGGUUCAACAGUGUCCUCUACUCAACGUUCUGAUGGGGAAGAUGAUUCUAUUGGGUCUAGUGAUGAGUCCACGGAUGCCAAGCGACCUAGAAGUAAUACAACUUCAAGUGCACAACGCACAGCUAACCGUCAAAAAUUCAAAAAGCCUGCUAGUUCAAAUCGUCAUAAGGUAGAUGAAGAGGAUGAUGGAGACAGCAAUGAUGAUGCUGAUGAUAGUUCGAGCAACAAACGAUUAAGUUCUGCAGGUUCCAAAACCAUCAAAAAACGUUCAAACGGUACGGAUAGAGUUAAAAAGUCUCAUUCUAAUUCUGUUUCACGCAAAUCUAGUGGAACAAAACCCGGUCAUAUACAUAAUAAAGAAAAACGCCGCUCUGGAAAAUCCAGCAAAUCUGGAGGUUUCGAUGCGGAAGAUGAUGCUGGUGGGGGUGAUAUGUUUCAUUAUGACAGUGAGGAGUGUUCAGCUAGACCAUGCAAGCAGCCUCAAGAUAUAGCAAUAGAUUGGAUUCAAUGUGAUCGUUGUACUCUAUGGUAUCAUCAAGAUCUUAUAGAGUCCUAUUUAGAGUUGAAAUUACACUCACUUCGUUCAUCCGAUUCGAAGCCAAUAAAUCCCCAUACUGUAACAAAAGUGCAACCACUUCAUGAUCAUGUGAAUUUAUCCAAUAAUGUAUCUAAAUCAAAUGUUGUUUUCACACCUUUGCCUUCUUCAAUUUUCUAUGAACCUUGGCAUUCUAUGUGGAAAUUUAUUAGAAUGAAUCCAAUCUAUGGAAUAGGCGGCAAAACUUUACCACUGAAAUCUAUAUUAUUUAUGGAUCCUAAGUAUAUUCCACCUAUUCAUUCAAUCUCAAAGAUUGAUAAUAAAAAUCUGCUCUCUUCUACUGAUUUGGAUUUCUGCUACGAAGCUCUAUUGUUUAUGACACAGGCUUAUGAGACUGUUGUACAAGUAACUUUAUUUAAAGACUCAAAAACGGAAAAUGGCGAGUUUAUGUGUUGUUGUGAUCCGUACUUGAAUUUACCGUGUCGUUUUGGUAUCACUGAAUUGGCAUCAUUGGAGGACUUUGUAAAACAACAUAUUUGGUCAUCCAUAUACAAACAAUUUGCAAUUGAUGAAUGA